CAGCGUCGCUCGUGUUACGUCGUCACCGCGCGACUGUUGACAGUGAACGUGGGACUCACUUCCCUUUUGUACACAGUCUAUGGUUGCAGCUGUGAACAGUUUUCACCAGUUUUCGUAACUUCUGUAGGAUGGCCAUGGAUCUGACUUUCCUCGGGACCGGCUCGGCCUACCCGUCUCCUCACCGCGGCGCCUCGGCUCUGGUGCUGCGUACGGACGGGGAGUGCUGGCUGUUUGACUGCGGGGAGGGAACCCAGACCCAACUGAUGAAGAGCCAACUCAGAGCCGGGCGAAUCACCAAGGUCUUUAUCUCCCACCUGCAUGGAGAUCACCUGUUUGGUCUUCCUGGUCUCCUUUGCACUGUGAGCCUCAACACCAACCCCGACCCCCAGCAGAACUUUAACUGUGUGGACAUCUACGGGCCCCGGGGCCUCCGGCACUUUCUAAGGGUGACACUUGGCCUCACAGGAUCACCACUGCUGUUCCCUUAUGCAGUACAUGAGCUGGAGCCCACAACUAACCAGAGUCCAGAAGAGGGGCAGCUCAGCCUGGAAAUGACAGCGGAGCGUGGUCCUCUGCACCCACAGGAGCAGCCGGGCAGGACGAUCUUCCUGGAUGUCUCCAGUGACAGCUACCCCCUCUUUCAAGACAAGAAGUUUGUGGUCAAGGCCUUCAGGUUGUUUCACCGCAUCCCAUCCUUUGGUUUUUGCGUUCAGGAGCAUGACCGACCGGGAAGGCUGAAGACUGAACUCCUGAAGGAACUGGGCCUGAAACCAGGGGCCCUUUAUGGGCGCCUGAAAGCUGGAGAGUCUGUAACUCUGGAGAGCGGGCGUGUCAUUCUGCCUAGUGAGGUGCUGGAAGAAGCCAUUCCUGGGAGGAAGGUCUGCAUUUUCGGGGACUGCAGCUCAGUUGUCGGGGACGGAGCAGCGAGGUUGUGCAAUGGAGCGGACGUUCUGGUUCACGAGGCCACCCUUGGGAACGAGCACCGAGAGAAAGCAGUGGACCAUGGACACAGUACGCCUGAAAUGGCAGCGGCGGCGGCUCGGGCUUGCUGUGCGCGGAGGCUGGUGCUGUACCACUUCAGUCAGAGGUACAAACCCUGCUCCCUGCAGAAGGAGGGGGACGAGGGGGACGAGGACGAUGUAUCAGAGCUGAAGAGACAGGCAGUAGAUGCUCUACAGGACAGUGGUAUAGAAGUGACUCUGGCUGAGGAUUUUCUGACUCUGACCAUUCCUCUUAGAAGAUCAAGGUAAUGAGCUACUAAUUUAGUUUUCAUAUAGCCUGAAGUAGAUCUGAUUUUAAAAGGAGCAGCACUCUGUCUGCUGUGCGUGUGUGUAUAUGGUGUAAAAUGAACAAUGAAUUUACUUUUAGUAAGCAUGAUGUUUUAUUAUUCUGGGAUUUUGGAAGUUAUGGAUAUUAAAUUGAAGUUGCUCCAAAAUUCCCAUGAUUCCGAGCACUUAUCACUUCUCGUCCACGUUGGCCUUGAAGUUGAGUUUGACACUUCACGACAGAACAAGCUACUUGCUUGUUCUGUCUCUCAACUGUUAUUACACAGCCUUCAUCAGCACGUGUGCUGUCAAGCUCAACUUUUAAGCAAACAUGGACGAGACACCCGAGGGAUGUUCGGAAAAUUUUAACAUCUACCUACGUCUCCACGACAACUGAGCAACUGCUGAUAAAGACUGUAUUACGUUUGAAAGCUCCUAAACAAGCAAGUGGACCUUGAACUGAGAAAUUGGACAGCAUAACAGUAUUUUUAUCAUUACACAUUCAUUAGUAAUUCUCCAAAUGGGAGUUUACCAAUGAUAUUGUAUGAAUGCUACUCGUGUCGUAGCUUUCAGUCUUUGCUGGUAUUUUCUUUCAGUUUGUAAUGUUAACACUCACUUGAUACUAAAACCACAAUCUUUCCAUAUGAAUCAGUAAAAUCUGUUUACGUUUUCUGUAUGAUGACAAAGAACAUGCGAUCAUCUCCGAACCUUUUCCAGAGCUUUAUUUCUGGAUCUGUACACAAGGUAUUAAAGUACAACAGAAAAUACAAAAUAAUGUUUAACAAAAGAAAAAAAAAAAAAAAAAAAUCCUCAAUGUUUAUGUACAAUUCUUAUAAACAAUAAAGAUAGCUUCUUGAA